AGCCUUUGACUCAAAAGCACUGGUUCCAGAAGGAGGCUCACAUCCUUCUUGAGCGGCGGCCGUGCUGACCAGGGCGAAGACAUGGGGCGAAAAGGCAACCGCAAGUAUAACAAGCCUGCGGAUUCCACAGCGAAUCAAGGUCCGCAGCGCUCGGGCUGGAAGGCGGCAGGACAGGGCCGGCGUCUGGGAGGAGAGGAGCCAUCAUGGGCGGCGGCGGUUGCAGCGCACACCGCUACAACCGAUUCGCGUGCUUCAGGUUUGCCCAAUUGGGCGCCUCCAGGGUGUCGACGCAUUCGUGAGGGAGGAGACGGCAAUUGUCUGUUUCACGCCAUUGCCAGGCAAGCCCUUGGGGAUACAAAUCUUGACGGCCACGCUAGAGCAGAGAUUUGCGAUUGGAUGCAGCAGCACCUCGUGCCAUCAGACGUUGCUGCUGGGCGCUCCCCGAUGGCCCCCAUGCAUCGCCAGAUGCUGGAGGCCCAGCGAGGUGAGAUUUUCGCACCUGGAAAUGGCAAGGGCGAUGCCAUGCUGCGACUCUACCUGCAGAAAAUGAGGUGCAGUGGCACUUGGGGCUCUGGCUUAGAAGCGCUUUGUGCGGCGUAUGUCUACGGGCGGCCGGUCCAUGUCUGGAAUCCAGAUGGUGUCUCUAUCUUGGAUCCGCCGUCUGAGAAGAUGCUCGCAGAAGCGAAUCCCAUACGUUUGCUGCACAACGGCCGCAACCACUGGGAUUCAGCACUGCCAUCGGCUGCCGAUAGGAUGGAAUGCACUGCCGGCGAGGUGGCCGCUGAUGAAGACGCAGAUCUCGCUGCGGCCGUGGCCGCCAGUAUUCAAGACUUUGAUUUGUGUUCUGGUGCUGCCGACAGCCUUGGCAGAGUCAAGCACGAGGGUUCCUCGGCGGCGGCGUCAGCCCCGUCUGAUGAUCAUCGUGCCUUGCAGCGUGCUCUGGCAGCAUCGGCGGCCGCUGCCCGGCAAGAGAGGGCAGACGCUCACGGAUUGGGCGAUGCCACGCGGGCGGCCGAGCUCAGGAGCAGGCAGGAGAGGAACGAGCUCCUGGGUAGGCUAGCAGAGCGUUGCGAGCGGAAGGGUGAAGCUUUACCGUUCGGGGCAGGUCUGGCGUCACGUGAGCAGCUCCAGUCUGCUGCUCGCGCGCGGGCACAGGCUCUUGAAGUCGAUGGCGUCGUGAUCAACCCGAGGCCAUGCGAAAGCCAAGCGGACUCCGCCACAGCUUCGUUUCGUCUUGCGGGCAGCGACCCCAACCCCCUGCCCGCCAGCUCGGCAUCCAGCACCCUGGACACCGCUGCAGCUUCCAGGCGCCGCUGGGGGCGGCAGCGGGUUCGCCAGCCUGCCGUGGACAACGGCAGUGCGCAGGACCAGAGCCGCUCCGAUGCAGCAGCAGCACCGUGCUCGGGAGCCCUCUCGGACCUCGCAGCGGAUGCUGCCGCCGCCCCAGCUGCCGACGGCGCGGUGGGCUCGGUGCAGGGACGGCCCGUGCUCCGACUGCAGCUGGUGGAGGAGGACGGGUGCGGGUAUGCACCCGGCACGGAUUCGCUUGAGGAUUGCGUCGCUGCCUUGUGCCGGCUGGGGUUCACCGUGGAGGAGUCGGCUGGUAUCAUCGAGUGCUGCGAUGGGGAAAUCGGCCGAGUGAAGGCGCUCUACGGCAUCGCGUGGGAGGGCGACAAGACCGUACAGACUCUAUUCGACGGGCACGGUUGAGUGGCCACCUGGAUGAAUUUAGCAACGUGUUUGAUACACAUGCGCUGACUCAUAUGAGUCUCAUCUGUGCCUGUCUGCGAGUAUGUUCUUGUUUGUUGCGUCGGUGUUCGCACGGAGCAGCGUGCCGCCCGCUGAGUCCUGGGAGGCGUCCUCCCUGAGCUUCGGCCACCGCAUCCGAUGUGCAGGUUUCUUUUCCUGGUCGCUGGUCAUUCGUACGUGACGCUCACCCUCGACUUGAGCAUGUUUGUAUUGGCUGUGCAGAGCGGGUUUCUGCCCUGGUCGUGUUGCCCUCCCGUGGACCUCGGAAGAUGGUCGAUGCAGGAGCUGAAAUUUUUGACUCUACCCGUGCCACCCACCAGUCCAUUCAUAAACGAUGUCCCAGC